AUGGCACCAACAUGUAACGCCCUCACCGACCCGAACACUCUAUGGAACUUCUGUCCAUCCCUCGGCGCAGCGUACGCUUUGACCGUCUUCUUCGGCCUUGCCUUCCUCGCCCACGUCACUCAGGGCAUCUACCAUAGAAAAUGGUACACCUGGGUCAUUUGCAUGGGCGCAUUAUGGCAGACAAUAGCCUACAUCUUCCGCAUUCUAAGCAUUGAGCAGCCAGGCAACCUAGGAAACUACGCAGCCUGGUUUGUUCUCAUCCUGGUCGCACCCCUCUGGACCAACGCAUUCGUGUACAUAGUCGUAGGCCGGAUGGUCUGGAAUUUUGUGCCCACGGCCAAAAUCUUGGGCCUUACGGCAUGGCGAUUCGGCACAUGCUUUGUCGUUUUGGAUAUCAUUGCUUUCAUCACCCAGGUUUAUGGAGCAGCUUCUGCCGAACAGGAAAGCAAUUCCGUCUCGCAGACUCUGCAAGGUCUCCACAUCUACAUGGCCGGCGUCGGUAUCCAGCAACUCUUCAUACUCAUCUUCGUCUUCUUCGCAACUCAACUCCACCGUGUGCUCCUCAGAGGUGUGGGACUCGACAAGCAGGCCAGAAAAUGUGCACUCACACUACUUUACACCGUGUAUGCUGUUUUGGCAUUGAUAACGAUGCGCAUCAUUUUCCGCUUGUGCGAGUACUCAAAUGGUCUGAACAGCACCAUUCCCAACCACGAAGCAUAUCAGUACUGUUUGGACUCGUUGCCGAUGUUGCUUGCGUUUAUCUUGCUCAAUGUUGUCCAUCCAGGUCGCAUAAUGAGUGGGAAGGAAUGUGAUAUUCCUUCUCGAAAGGAGCGCAAGAAGACUGGUGACCACUGCAAGCGAUCCUUUGCCGAUGUUGAAGCAAGUUUCAUCUAACUCCAAAUGUGACAUUUCUUACAUCAUCCCAGUUGGAAACCGGUCUCGAGUGUCUCUUCUGAGUUAUGAGCAUAUGUACAUCUCGGACAGACCUACUGUAAUUAAAGAAAUCUAAGUGUCUGCCACUCGGUAUACCAACUUGACACCGCUGACUAUCCCUUCCAACAUUGCGGGUAGUCCCUCGUCGAGCACCCCAUGGAAGUCACGACCACCAACUCUAACUGGGUGUGGCUUCAGUUUACCUUCCCUCAACAGGCGCUCCGUGAGUGAGGCUUGUCUUUUGGCGAAUUCAAGUUUCUCCGUUUCGGCCGGGAAGUGCUUUCCCAAAACAUCAAAAGCCUCGCCUAGACACGUCAUGAGGAUACUGCUUGAGUAAUCUACAUCCUGCCGGGUGAUCCUGUUCAGGAGUAUGGUGCCAUAUGCUU